AUGAAGGCACGGGAGCAGAUCUUCAAAAACUUUCCUAUGGGUGAAGUCUCAGAUCUCUUCGGUACCAACCAACAUUACAACAUUCCCUCCAAUUAUCAAGACUUCGGAAGACGUUUUAUACCUCAAUAUCUAUAUACUAAAAAGAAGAGUUUAGACGAACUGGCGGAAGAAAAACUACACGAUGAUGUUCAGCAAUUUAUUGAAGAUAAAAAAAGGUCUAAGGAAAUAGUACCAGUUAAGGCUCCACCAGAAUUUGUCCUGAAGAUAGCUAAGACAUCGGCACUUUUAGAAAAAUCUAAGCCUAUUAAUCCGUCCGAUGGAUUUAUACAGAAGGACAUACUGAGAUCUGGGAAUUAUUGGAAUGACGUUUGGGUAGAAGAAAUAGACCCGAAGAAAUUAUUGCGUACAUCCCAGAGCAAUCAGCCCGAAUCCGUCAGAGUAGAAAUAAUGCCUGGCUCAAAACUCUACAGACUUGUAUCUUUACUCAAAGAAAAAUCACCGCGUCUUCUUUACGUCAUAAAUAAAAGUGACUAA